GUUCCACGAGUACUCAACUCGAUCGACGAUCGACUGGCUGGAGUUCAGUACCCGGUUGACAGCCGGUGAGGCGGCGGCGUCACGCGAAUCCCUAGCUUAUAUUACGCGCACGCCGCCUCUGCGCGAUUUUUCUAAUAUAAUGUAAAUAUUUUUUGUAUACACGCUUUUUGUCAUAAGUCUUAAAUUACCGUGCGUUUUGGAAUCGUACCUCAUCCUAAUCGAAUUAGGUUCAAAUUGUGCUAUUAUGACGGAACAUCUACGUUUGAUAUCUGUCUACACUGUAUAGUAUUGGACCCCUUAUAUUAAAUAUCGAGUAAUAAAACAGUUAUGAAUGAAUAAAUGUGUAUGCACGCAGCUUAGUGAACUUGUGAACUUUAAAAUAAGUUAAACCUACCUAUAUAGGUAUAAACCGAUCCAACACCUAUUUAUAAUAGUGUUUAGAUGUUAAUUCUUAUUUGUCGGCGUUGGUGAAAACAACUGACAAUCGCAAAUGGAUAAACAGAAGUGAUUCAUUUAGUACCCAACUAUUUAAUGUUUACUUAGUUUUUAAAUCACCAGAUUUCUCUGGUCAACUAUGUCAAGUCUGGUGAUUAACAAGUCUACAAUGGCGGAUCGUGAACGUCCUGCAAAAAACCCCAUUAGGGUGGGAUUUUACGACAUUGAGAGGACCAUUGGCAAAGGGAAUUUUGCCGUCGUUAAGUUAGCACGACAUCGAAUUACGAAGACUGAGGUAGCAAUUAAGAUAAUAGAUAAAUCGCAAUUAGAUGCCAGUAAUCUUCAGAAGGUUUACAGAGAAGUGGACAUUAUGAAGAGACUGGACCAUCCUCAUAUUAUUAAGCUAUACCAGGUCAUGGAGACGAAAAACAUGAUCUACAUCGUAUCAGAAUAUGCAAGUAAAGGAGAAAUUUUCGAUUAUAUAGCGAGGUACGGCCGGAUGGCGGAGCAGGCAGCUCGAAGAAAGUUCUGGCAAAUUCUCUCUGCAGUUGAAUACUGUCACGAAAGGCGAAUUGUGCACCGAGAUCUCAAGGCGGAGAACUUGUUAUUGGACGCGAAUAUGAACAUCAAGAUCGCAGACUUCGGCUUCAGUAACUACUAUGCGACGGGGGAACUCCUAGCGACCUGGUGCGGUUCCCCACCCUACGCCGCCCCUGAGGUCUUCGAAGGCAAACGAUAUACCGGUCCUGAAAUUGACAUAUGGAGCCUCGGUGUGGUAUUAUACGUGCUGGUGUGUGGUGCAUUACCCUUUGACGGUUCUACUCUCCAGUCGUUAAGGGAUCGAGUAUUAUCAGGAAGAUUUAGGAUACCUUACUUUAUGAGUGAAGACUGUGAAUCUUUAAUUCGCAAGAUGUUAGUUUUGGAACCUAUGAAGAGGUAUACAAUUGAGCAAAUUAAGAAGCACCGGUGGAUGGCGGUAGAGCCUUAUGCGGUAUCAUCUGCGACCACAGACCCGGCUCGGAGUCCGGCCCAUGCGCCGGCACAUAAUGAGCCCAACGAACAGGUGUUAAGGCUAAUGCAGAGUUUGGGUAUUGAUCCAGUUAAGACCAAAGAGAGCCUAAGAUCAAACAGUUAUGAUCAUCAUGCAGCUAUAUAUUUGCUCCUGUUAGAACGUCUUCGGGCGCGAGCAGCAGGUGGAGCUACUGUGAGUACCGCAGAAGCGCGAAAUCGGCCAUCCCGGCGUCCCUCGUCUGUUGCGGACCAAGCGCUUGCCAGAGAGGUGCAUGAAAACAGACGGGAACAUCACACUAGAUUACUUCAUUCUGGUGAUUCUCAAUCAAGGGACUACAGUAGGGCGACACCUACAAUCAGCGCUGCACCAGCCGACUCCUCGUCUGCUGAAACGCAGCGAUUGCUAUCCCUUGCCGGCGUAAAUAUGACUGAGCAAAGACUGCUCCAGCGAAAUUCCGACCCCUCGGACACGCAUAGGAGCUUUCUAGUCGGAAACCUUGACGUUUCAUCUAGUAGAAAUCAUGAAGCAGAAUCAACUAGACUACUUUCUAUGAGAAAUAUUGAUGUAUCACAAUCAAAUCAACGGAUAGGCACAAAGUUAAAUGAAAACACCGUCCCAACUCAUCGACUUCUCACUUCUACAUAUGAACAACAACAAAAUAUACUGAAGCAAUCCAGUGAAGAUUGCCGGAGACUGCUCCAGCAAUCAACAACCGUUGGACCUGAAACAAAUAAAAGCUCAGGAGAUGGUACUAGGCUAUUGACAUCCUCUAGUUUUGAUUCAAAAUGUGCUAUUGAUGGUGGAAGAAGUUCUUCAGCUACAGAUCAUAAUGUUAUUGCAAAUUUUCUUCAAAAUUCUGCAUCUGCGACUAAUUUUAAUGUGGAAUCUGUAAAAUUACCAAGUUCUACAACAUUCACAAUGUGUUCUGAAGCAGCAAAACUCAUGAAUACAUUGCAACAAUCACCUUUACCUUUAAAAGGCACGGUAAACUUAAGUAGUAGUCCAAUACCAACGCAAUUGACAGAUACGAAACUAAGUAGUGUCCUAGAGCAACCAAAACCGCUAGAAUCUAGUAGAUUGGUCUCUCAGGCACAACAGCAAGAUUUAAAUCGGCUACAAACUAGCACACCACCAUUCAAAGACUACAUGAAUCACCAUUCUCCAGCUUUUAGUUCUUAUCUACAAAAUACAGUUUUACCGCCAAUUACAAAUACAGCUGAAACAAAUCUUUCUUCGACGUCAACAGCUACUGGUGAUUUAUUUCAAAAUUCGCUGUACAGACCGGACAGUAAAUUUUCAUUAAACAGGUAUUCUACCGGUCAGACUUAUACUCAAGGACUGCAAAGUACUACUACUGAAGGGACAAAAUUUCAACAACAGUAUUCAUCAUCGACAGAUGAAGGUUGUGAAACUGACAUGGAAGACGUAGCAAGCGUCCCAAGUGGUGUACAAAACAGGUUAAGUUCGUAUGCGAGCUCGAGUUCCAGUAGCGGAGUCGUUACUUUUUUUAAUAACAAAAGUCUCAGUCAAAAUCUUAGCUGUGAUUCAUCUCAAAGCAAUUUCUCAACAUUUGAAAGUUUGGAUUAUCAGUUAUCGGAUUGUUCCAGUGAGUUGGCUAGCAGUUUACCAAGUUGUACAUCAAAUGACGAUAAAUUAGCUUACGAGAACAGUGCUUUAGUGAAUACCAGUCCAAUGCAUCCAUGUGUUUAUAUAUCAUCAUAUAAUAAUAAAACCUCAGGUACAGGAUUUAUUGCACGACAUAAUCCUCUUAAUUAUCAGUCAGCAAAUAAGAAUUGUACUCGAGCCAUUACGAGGAGUCCUGUGGACUUUAGGGAAGGUCGUCGAGCAAGUGACGGUCUUGUGGCACAACAAGUGGCACAAUCUAAUGAAUCCCAAAAGAAUACACUGGCUUUUAAUAGUCAGAGAUUAAAUGAAAAUUGUAAAGCUAAAGGCGUACUAGAAUUACAUUUGGUGCAAAAAGAAGCACAGAAACUUAAAACUCAAUAUCAGUCCACAAUUCCUGCUGAAGAAAUGACACAAAGACAAUUGCAACAUAAUCAAUUUGCAGCAAGUUUUACUCCACAUUAUUUAGAUUCUAAAAACCCUCCCUCUAAACGUAUUAGUCUUCCAGAAUCAUUUAAUUAUUCAAGUACAUCGCCACCGAUGCCAGCUAGUCCGAAAAUGGUUGCACAAUUACAAGAAACGCCAGAUUUACAACACAGCACUUCCGUGUCAUCACAAGUUAGUAAACCUCCGCUUCAACAGCAAUUAAUGCAACAUAGACUGUUUCAACAAAAAAGGCAACUGCUGCAGAAGCAAAUGACACCUCCUAAUAUGGCUGCUCAUGAAAUUGGUACAUUGCAUACAUUACAAGUUGGGCUCAGUCGGCGGCAAAUGCUUCGACAACAGAGUUACAAAAUUGCUCAGCAACAACAAAUUCUACCUCCAUUACCGCUGACAGAAACGGAGAAUAGAGAUUUACUUGCAUUUCAAGCAAUAGUUGAAGGACCAAAUCGGGUGUCCAAGCAAAAACCAGAAGAAAACCAAGAAGAAGUUUCGAAGUUUGCAUAUCAAGGCUCAAUGGAAAUAAGCAUUAUGAAUAAAGAUAGAUUAGGGAACGAAAAUUGGUCAAAUUUACCGUCCAGUCUACAAACCGCUUGUCAAAUUUCCGAGCUAGCAGGACGCCGGGAUGGAAAGGAGGCUCGUGAAGGGGAGACGGAAGCAGCAAGCCAUGGGGCCGUGGACGCGCCCCUUUGGCCAGCCCAGUGGAACCCUGGACUCUUCCAGCCUCAACCAUGUUUCCAGCAGAACUGGCAAGGGCACAGCCUGCCUCCUACCGCUGGGAUGUUACCACUUAGUGAAAGUCCCAUAUUGGAGCUGACUGAGCAGAUGGAGUCCAUUUAAAUCAUUUAGAGUAUUAUAUUAAGUUGGUAAUUGCAGUAUAUUCAAUGAAAUACCUAUCUAUACUAUCCAAUAACUACUAGUAGAAAAUGUUUUUAGAUGUAAAUUAUUUGCAAACGGUUUUUUUUCUUAAAAUUCACUUAUGUAAAACUUUAAAUCUGAUUGAUUCCACUUUUGAUACAUUGGCGUUAUUAGACAGCGCCUUUAAUCAGCACAUUUUAAUUAUUGCUAAAAAUUAAACAAUAAAGUAGCAAAUAAGCAUACGACCCGCCAGAUGCUAAGAGUUACUGUAGCCUAUGAACAUCUGCAAUAUCAGUGUUUUAACAUUGGGAAUAUUGGAACAAGAUUCUAAAUAUAGAAUCGAAAUAGUCCAUGUUUUAGUGGAAAUAUUUCAAUUACUCAUUUGUACCUAUCAUAAUAGAUAUGGUACGUACCUAACUACAUCAUUAGUUUAAGUACUCGAUGUAAAUUGUGCUGGAAUAUUACAUUGUUUAUUUAUAUUUUUAUUUAUGCAAUCUUUCAUGCUUUUACUUUUUAAAUACAUACUGUAACCACAGUGUUACUAUUAGAAAUAAUAAUGCUGUGCUGUAACUGUGGGCUGUAACAUUUUGUGGCUAUUAAUAUGUCCAUUGUUGUUAGAGGCAUUUGUAGAAAAUUUUGAGCAACAACAGUUUUCUAAACAUGUACGUAGAUUAGCACCAAUCUGAUAUUAUCAUUUCAUGUACCAAUAUAUCUAGUUACAAAUUAAUCUAAAUUAUCACACUACAAAUAAGUCAAUACUUAGGUUUAAUAGGUGCAUUUGGUAUUAAUAAGUAAUAAGUAUGUACUUAGCUAUAAACGAUGUGACAAUAUCAACUUAGUAUAAGCUGUUGCAAUUUGCAAUUAGAUUUUUUAUUUAAAAUUUACCUAUCGUAAAACCAUUUUAAUGUUUUGUUAAAAAAAUAAAAAAAUAUCUAUACUAUCAAAGAAUUAUUUUAAAAAGGUCUGAUCAGUAAAAUAUUUUAUUUUGCAAUUAUAUAAGAGUACUUGUUAAUUAUCUUCGACUCUUUGAGAGAACAAAGUCAGGAUGUCAAGUUUUAUUACUUGUCUAGGUACUUCUUUAUUGUCCUUGUAAUGCCUGUUUUUGUUAAAUUACUUUAGUCAUUUAGGAUAAGGGAAGGGUACACAAUACGAUCAUAAGUAUUUAAUUGUUUAGAUAAGACGUAAAAGAUUAAGAUUGUUGUACCGUUAUGGUAAUACAAUAACUACAUAUAGAGUUCCACUUUAUUAUACACGUUUAUUCUUUUAAUUUUAAAAUCAAGAACCUAGUAUUGGGUUUAGGAUAGCUCCUUGUAUAUAAACUACCUCUAAUUAUCUUUGAAAGAAGACUGAAUUCGGUGUCAAUUCAGACAAACGGUAUGUUGUAAACAGCGCCAUGAAUAUGUCAGUAACUACAUGAGUAAGAGACACGCUUAUAAAUGGUAGUCGCCUAUGUUUCUCAUAGUAACACCUUAUCGACAAUCGCGGUGAUAUUCCGCGGAGUCCAUUUUGAGCAAACUUUUCGUUGCUCUACAACGAAUAAAUUCUUUCAUGAACAAAUUAGUGUGACAUGUGUGGCGUUAACUGGGAUAGCUUUUAUUGCGUUGAAAAGAAAGUUAAUGUAAGAAUUAAUUAGACAUAUCAGUGUGUGGAUACAUAUUGUGACACUAUUACUUAUACUACUUUUAAAGGAAUUUUGUUGAUGGCUUUUAAAACAAAUGCGAUUUGUUAAAGACGCAAUUAGAUAUCUUUAUGGAACAUUUGCGUACUCGCAUUUAUUUAAUUUUAUCAUAUGGUAAAAUACUUAUGGCUUUAAUAAAUUUGGAUAAAAAUACCUAUUUCCUCUGAUUAAUGGGUGAAAAAUGACUGUGUAGAUAAGUAUCUGUAAAGGUAUUUAUCUAAAAAAAUAAUACGUUAGGAAUCAUAAGUCUAAAUUUAUUAUAUCUGUAUUUUAUUUUAAUUCAUUUAGUGUAUGAGUAAGUAAUUACGAGAAAAAGUUGUUUUAAGGUUAAAACUAAGCAUAGAUACCACCGUAUCUAACUGCUGCAGCUACUUAGUAUUGACUUAGUUAAUUAUUUUCUUUCUUAAUGACGUCGAUGAAUAGGCGAUGUGAUGUGCCUGCGUCAUUUUAUGGCCAUUUAUUUUAAAAUUCAUUUAUAUAUUAUUUAUAAAUGGAAUUUUAAUGAAUUUUCUGCAUUUGUUGUUUCUGACAAUUAUUUCGAGUUACGUGAGUACAGUUUUUUAUCCACCUUAGUCAAUUAUACUUGUAUAUAAAUAAAUAAAAAAUGAGCAAAGUUUUAAAGUCAUCUUUACGCCAUGCCCUACGCUAAAAUUGGCGUGAUAGGUACGAAGUCAUACGUGCAGUUACGAACACGUAUCUACAAUUGUGUAUGUUUAAUCUUGAAAUGCAUAAAAAUAUAGGUUUUAUUUUUUUGUGAUGUUUUAGUUUUAUUAGUACCUAUAUAAUAGGAUCUGGUACCUAAAACGUAUUUAUCUAAUUAAUUUUAUAUAUUACCCUAUUUGGAAAAUUUUUAUGUUAUGACUAAGAUGUUCUUUAGGUAAAGCUGAUUUAUUUAAUGGAUACUAUGACAGGAUUUCGUCUUAAUAUUUAAGUAUAUCCAUCAUUUAUGUUAUGACUAACUCGAUAUAUAAUAAAGCAAACGAAUUGUUACAAUAUUUUCAUAGGUAUUGUAUAAUUCAUUAUGUAUUACUUUUAAGAAAUUGACAGUCGUUAUAUUAUUAUUUAAAACAUUCGUUUAUUAAACACAUAUUCAUAUUUUUUGCUGUUUUGGAUUAUUGUGAAGCAAAAGUAUGUAGUUUAGUAGAAUACUUAGUAACUAAAUCUACGAACGAUCAAUAUGCUGAUCGCAAAAGCUUUAUCAAAACUGUAACAAUAACUUACAUACGUAAGUAUCUAUAUUAUUAAGUAGACCGUAUUACUAUUACUAUACAUAUAAGUUUAGACAAUCGUAGAAUAGGUGUUUGGAGGCUUUUACAAUUAUAAGUAAAUUGUCAUUGUAUAAAAUAAUCCUUGUCGGGAUGUUAGCUCAUGAUAAUCGCAGUACCUAACUUAUGCAAUUAAUUAAGUAGUCAAUUUUAUAUAAAACGGGACGAGUAAUAAAUAAUGUAGUGACGAGCAAUAUUAUGAAUGUACCUAUUCAACAUUUCACAGCUUCAAAUCAGCUUUACGGUGUAAGUAGUGGUACUAUAAUAGUGUUUUUUGUUAUGUUUAAUUUAGUUUUGGUUGUGAUAAUAUGUAUAAUGGCUGAUUGUUA